ACCAGCGCUCGCGCUGGCCAACAUGGCGGCGUCCACCACGAUCUCGUUCGAUUUGUGAGAGUCGGCCACGACGUGUUUGGAGACUGUUUUCUGUAGACGACGCCCGUCCUGUCACCGCGGCUAUCGACGCUCCAACGUACCGGCUGACGGCGGCACCUCAACUUCCGUGAAAGGGACGCCGCGCGGUCGAGACUCAACAUGGGUAUCCUUGAGAAGAUCAGCGAGAUCGAGAGAGAAAUCUCUCGGACGCAGAAAAAUAAAGCUACGGAAUACCACUUGGGACUGCUCAAGGCCAAGCUAGCAAAGUACAGGACCCAGCUUCUGGAGCCGCAGGGCAAAUCAAAGGAGAAGGGGGAAGGUUUUGAUGUUAUGAAAUCUGGUGAUGCACGGGUUGCUCUCAUUGGCUUCCCGUCCGUUGGCAAGUCCACACUGCUCAAUAUUAUGACUGACACCCAUAGCGAGUCGGCGUCGUACGAGUUCACAACACUCACCUGCAUCCCUGGUGUGAUUGAGUACAAAGGUGCCAACAUUCAGCUUCUCGAUCUGCCCGGUAUCAUCGAAGGUGCCUCUCAAGGCAAGGGACGUGGUCGCCAGGUCAUCGCCGUGGCCCGGACCGCCGACCUUGUAGUCAUGAUGUUGGAUGCUGGCAAGAGUGAAGUGCACCGGAAGCUGCUGGAGCAAGAACUGGAGGCCGUUGGCAUCAGGCUAAACAAGCUGCCCCCGAAUAUUUACUUCAAGGAAAAGAAAGCCGGAGGCCUGAGUUUCAACUCCACUUGCAACCUGACAAAGUGUGACGAGAAGCUUGUCCAGAUGGUUCUUCAUGAAUACAAGAUCUUCAACGCCGAAGUCCUCUUUCGUGAGGACUGCACCCCAGACGAGCUGAUUGACGUGAUCCUGCGCAACCGGGUCUACCUGCCCUGUCUCUAUGUCUACAACAAGAUCGACCAGGUCUCCAUCGAGGAGGUUGACCGGCUCGCCCGCCAGCCACACAGUGUUGUUGUCAGUUGCAACAUGAAGCUGAACCUGGACUACUUCUUGGAGAGGCUGUGGGACUACUUGGCUCUCAUUCGGGUCUACACCAAGAAGCGUGGCUCUCCUCCCGACUUUGAUGGUGGCCUUAUUCUCCGGAGGAACGCAACGGUGGAGCAUGUGUGUCACGCAAUCCACCGCAGCAUUGUCCACGUCUUCAAGUAUGCACUUGUCUGGGGCACAAGCACCAAGUACAGCCCACAGAGGGUCGGCCUGCAGCACGUGGUUCACCAUGAAGAUGUCGUCCAGAUCGUCAAGAAGUGACGCAACCGCCGCGCCCUAGGAACUGCAAUGAUUUACACCUACCGUGGUUGAAGUGUGUCGACUGGAGAUUUUUUUUUCUCCUGUUUCACUGGCCUCGUGACUGUAUUUUCAAAGGAUGAAAUCAUAUAAAGUGAAAAGCCCAGUGACCAGCUGAGCAUGAGACCAGA